AUGUUAGAUAAGAAAGCAGAUAAGAACCAUACACAUGAUUUCUUCACAACUGUUGGUAUAGAAAGUAUUGAAGGAACGGUUGAAGAAACUGGUGGGGAUGCAUUAUAUUGUAAACCUCCUAACUUUCCACAAGGUUUAACAUCGGAUGACGACAUAACGACGAUGAGAAACAUUAGAUGUAAAGAUGUUUAUGUCAUGAAGGAUGAACAUAAUAUUAAAUUCACUGCUCAAGAUUUAUAUGAUAAGAAAGCUGACAAGAACCAUACACAUAAAUCCUUCACUACUGUUAGAGCAGACGACAUAAUAUUGAACUUUGACCUUGGUUCAAGUGCACCAUUAGAAAAUCCAAGUACAAGCGUAAAAGAUACUCUUAACAAUUUAGAUAAGAGUUGCAGGAAUACCGAAGAUCAUGCCAGAAACUUUGAAGCAUAUGAACUACCAGCAAUGUUAGAUAAGAAAGCAGACAAAACUUAUGUGGAUGCAGAACUAACAAAGAAAUUUUCGAAACCAGAUACAAUGACAUUUACAACAGAAAUUAUAAAUGGUGAACCAGCAACUCCAUUUGAAUUUGUUAGAGGUCUUCAACCAGAUACUUUUGAAUUUUUCUUGGAUAAUUCUAUUGAACUAACAUUACAUUAUAAAAGUGGAACAAAUGCAACAUUUCAUCCGGGAGAUACAUUCCAAAUGGUAUUUAAUGACAUAAGUUCUUUAGAAUAUGUUUAUAGAGUUAUGAGCAUAUAUGAUUUAAUAUAUCCUAUAGGAGCUGUUUAUACGUCUAUGAAUCCAAUAAAUCCAAACACUUUAUUUGGUGGUAGAUGGUAUGAAAUAGUUGACAGUUUUCCAUUCUACACUAAUACGCAGUCAAUGAAGAUGGGAGGUUCAAAGAAAAUAGGUAUUGAAAACCUUCCUUCACAUAUGCAUAGGUUCAGUGGAAGAACAUCUGUGGAAGGAAACCAUUCACAUUCAAUAACAAAAAGAGGUUAUAUAAAUCUUGCAGCGGGUUCGAAUAGACAGGGAAUGAACAGAUAUGAUAUCACAACUGACCCCAAAGAUGUUAGCACAGGUAUUUUCUGUGGAACUGCAGGAAAUCAUACACAUGUUGUAGCUGGUAUUACAGACCCAGCAGGUAAUGGAAAAGAUUAUAUGCCUCCUUAUAUAACAAUGCACGCUUGGAUACGAGUUGGUUAA